AUGUCUCAAAUAAAACCCCUUCCUUCGACAUUACAAUGUGUUGCAAUUGAAGAACUUUUUGAAAUACCCUCUCGAAUACCAGACGAUUUACAGGCUUUGAAAUUAUGGAUUGAACAGCAGGCACACUUGACAGCUCGCACAGAUGAUCAAUUUCUAUUGCAAUUUCUGCGCGGCUGUAAAUAUAGCAUGGAAAGGGCCAAAGAGAAAAUCGAGCGGUUCUAUACAAUGAAGAUUAAAUUUCCCGAAACCUUAGGCGUUUAUGAUUUGAAUAAUGAGAGAUUUCGUCAAGUGGCACGUUUAGGCUGUGUUGCCCCCUUACCCAUACCCCUCAAUGGCGAUGGCUGCCGCUUGGUCAUGGGUCAUUUCAAUUAUAAUCCUGAGGAAUAUCGCGUUGAGGAGAUAUAUCAUGUUGGUUCGGCCAUGUAUGAAAUAUUUACCAUUGAUGAUCCCUAUGCCUGUAUUUGCGGGAUAAUUAACAUUGACGAUAUGUCCCGGUUAAGAAAGAGGAUUUUCAUUUGUUCCACCUUGGAGGAUUUGAAGCAACACAUACCUCUCAAAUAUUUACCAGAAUAUUAUGGUGGUGAAAAUGGUACCAUGGAACAACAUAUCAAGGCCCUGGAAGUCAAAUUCGAUGAGUAUAGAGAAUAUUUCCAGGAAAAUGUUAAUUAUGGUGUUAAUGAAUCAUUGCGACAAGAAGAAGAGUCAUCGGAUGUGGACAAAUUAUUUGGUCUUGGUGGUUCAUUUCGAAAACUUGAGGUAGAUUAA